AUCCUGUGAGGGGCGGCCCCGGCGCCUGAGGGAGGGCGGGGCUGCGCGCGCGCCCUGCGGCCCUUUGGCCGCCGCCUUCACCCAUCGCUGCGGGCGGCUCCCGGCGGGAUCAGGUGGGAAAGAAAUGACCACCCCAAACAAGACACCACCUGGUGCUGAUCCAAAGCAGUUAGAGAGGACUGGUACUGUUAGAGAAAUAGGCUCACAAGCGGUUUGGUCCCUUUCGUCCUGUAAGCCAGGGUUUGGAGUGGAUCAGUUACGAGAUGAUAACCUAGAAACUUACUGGCAGUCAGAUGGAUCGCAGCCUCAUUUGGUGAACAUCCAAUUUAGAAGGAAGACAACGGUGAAGACACUGUGCAUUUAUGCAGACUACAAAUCUGAUGAAAGUUACACUCCAAGCAAAAUCUCUGUCAGAGUAGGAAAUAAUUUUCAUAAUCUUCAGGAAAUCCGGCAACUUGAACUAGUGGAACCAAGUGGCUGGAUUCACGUUCCUCUGACGGAUACUCACAAGAAACCAAUUCGCACGUUCAUGAUUCAGAUUGCUGUUCUAGCUAAUCACCAGAAUGGAAGGGACACUCACAUGAGACAAAUCAAAGUGUACACUCCGGUGGAAGAGAGCUCCAUUGGUAAAUUCCCUCGAUGUACAACAAUUGAUUUCAUGAUGUAUCGCUCCAUAAGAUAGAGUUUGACUGCGGUAUCAUUGCUAAAGUAUUCAGGUACUUAAAGAGCAGGGUUUACUUCAGUGUGAUUGUAUCUUUUAUGUUUAUACUUUGUACAAUUUUGAAAUAAAGAUAAUACUGUGUUACAAU